GAGGUCGGAAGGCGCUCGGCGAGCACAGUCAGCGCGCGGCUGAACUCGGGUCCCAGAGCCGGGGAUCCCGGGUCCCCCCUCGGGUGGCCCGCGGAGGGUGACGAGCGCCCCCUGGCCGGCGCCGCCCGCGGGGCGCAUCCACCGAGCGCCCGGCCCGCGCCAAUCCCCGCGCCACCGGAGCAGCAGCGGCGCCGCACUCGGACCCACCGCGGCCGCGCGACCAGGGAGCAACUAUGUCACCAUUUCUUCGGAUUGGUUUGUCCAACUUUGACUGUGGGUCCUGCCAGUCUUGUCAGAGUGAGGCCAUUAACCCUUACUGUGCUGUGCUUGUCAAAGAAUAUGUUGAAUCAGAGAAUGGGCAAAUGUAUAUCCAGAAAAAGCCAACCAUGUACCCACCCUGGGACAGCACUUUUGAUGCCCACAUCAACAAAGGAAGAGUGAUGCAGAUCAUCGUGAAGGGCAAGAAUGUAGACCUCAUAUCGGAAACCACCAUAGAGCUCUACUCGCUGGCCGAGAGAUGCAGAAAGAACAACGGGAGGACUGAAAUAUGGCUGGAACUGAAACCUCAAGGCCGGAUGCUAAUGAAUGCAAGAUACUUCCUGGAAAUGAGUGAUACAAAGGACAUAAGUGAAUUUGAGACUGAAGGCUUCUUUGCUUUGCAUCACCGCCGAGGAGCCAUCAAGCAGGCUAAAGUCCAUCAUGUCAAGUGCCACGAGUUCACUGCCACCUUCUUCCCUCAACCCACAUUUUGCUCUGUCUGCCACGAGUUUGUCUGGGGUCUGAACAAACAGGGCUACCAGUGCCGACAAUGUAAUGCAGCAAUUCACAAGAAGUGUAUCGAUAAAGUUAUAGCCAAAUGCACAGGAUCAGCUAUCAAUAGCAGAGAAACUAUGUUCCACAAGGAGAGAUUCAAAAUUGACAUGCCACACAGAUUUAAAGUCUACAAUUACAAGAGCCCAACGUUCUGUGAGCACUGUGGGACUCUGCUGUGGGGGCUGGCGAGGCAAGGACUCAAGUGUGAUGCAUGUGGCAUGAAUGUCCAUCACCGAUGCCAGACAAAAGUGGCCAACCUCUGUGGUAUAAACCAGAAGCUAAUGGCUGAAGCUUUGGCGAUGAUCGAAAGCACCCAACAGAUUCCAUGGAUAGCAUGGGAGAAUUCAGCUAACCCCAGAAAAGCUCGCUCCUUAAGAGAUUCAGAACACAUCUUCAGAGAAGGUCCAGUUGAAAUUGGUCUCCCAUGCUCCACCAGAAGUGAAACACGGCCGCCACACUUACCAACACCAGGGAAAAGAGAGCCUCAAGGAAUCUCCUGGGAGUCUCCAUUGGAUGAGACGGAUAAAAUAUGCCACCGUCCAGAACCAGAAGUGAACAUAGAAAGACCAUCUCUACAUAUGAAACUGAAAAUUGAGGAUUUUAUCUUGCACAAAAUGUUGGGAAAAGGAAGUUUUGGCAAGGUCUUCCUCGCAGAGUUCAAGAAAACCAAUCAGUUUUUUGCAAUAAAAGCUCUAAAGAAAGAUGUGGUCCUGAUGGAUGAUGAUGUUGAGUGUACGAUGGUGGAGAAGCGAGUCCUCUCCUUGGCUUGGGAGCAUCCGUUUCUGACACACAUGUUUUGCACAUUCCAGACCAAGGCAGAGAGACACAAAGAGACAGACAGACAGAGAGAUUUCCCAUCUGCUGGUUCAUUCGCCAACUGCCCUCAACAGCUACUGCUGGGCCAGGCAGAAGCCGGGAUCCCAGAACCCAGUCUGGAUCCCCAUCAGGGAUGGCAGGAAAAUCUCUUCUUCGUGAUGGAGUAUCUCAAUGGAGGAGAUUUAAUGUACCACAUCCAAAGUUGCCACAAGUUUGAUCUCUGCAGAGCAACGUUUUAUGCUGCUGAAAUCAUUCUCGGUCUUCAGUUCCUUCACUCCAAAGGAAUUGUCUACAGGGACCUGAAGCUAGACAAUAUCCUGUUAGACAAAGAUGGACAUAUCAAGAUAGCGGACUUUGGAAUGUGCAAGGAGAACAUGGUGGGAGACGCAAAGACAAAUACUUUCUGUGGGACUCCUGAUUAUAUAGCUCCAGAGAUCUUGCUAGGUCAGAAAUACAACCAUUCUGUUGAUUGGUGGUCCUUUGGUGUUCUUCUGUAUGAAAUGCUGAUUGGUCAGUCACCUUUCCAUGGGCAAGAUGAAGAAGAGCUGUUCCAUUCCAUCCGUAUGGACAAUCCUUUUUACCCACGAUGGCUUGAGAAGGAAGCUAAGGACCUUUUAGUGAAGGUUCAGGCAAAAGAAUUGAAGCGGGAUUGAGAACAGACGAGGUUCAUCAGAAGAAACUCAAUAGAAAGAAGUUGGGAAUAAUCAUUCAAAAGAGAAGAAGAUUUAGUAGGAGGAAAGAAUUAUUCCAGUUGGAGGAGAAAGGUGAAAGUUAUGUGCAUGAAAUCCUACUCAGCAAUAAAACGGAACUGUUGGUACAUAAACUUGAAUGGGUCUCAAGGCUGUUAAUGUUGAGUGCAAAAUGCCAGCCUUCAAAGUUCACAUACUCUAUGAGUCUAUUUACAUACAACAUUAUUAUAAUGACAACUUUGGAGAGAUGGAAAUCAGAUCGGUGGUUGCCAGGGACUAUGGUAAUGGGGCAGUAGAGUGAGUGUGACUGUUGAGUGGUGGCACAAGGGAGAUCUUUGUGGUGAUGGAACUGUUUGUAUGUUGCUUGCCCAGAUCCACUCAUGUGAUAAAAUGUCCUAGAACCAGACACACUUAUUUCACCAGUGUCAUCUUUCUGGUAGUUGAGCCAUCUGUGAGAGGCAACCCCUGGGGGAGAUUGAGAUCUCUGUGCUAGCUCUUCAGUGUCCUGGGAAUCUAAAAGUAUUUCAAAAUGUUUAAAAACAAACCUCAAUCUAAGGCUAAAUGUCAUGAAAAUACAAAGAAAAAAAGAAAAACAGAAGUCAUCUGGAGACUUUUGGUGUCAGGAGAAAGGUUUGUCGUGGGAGUGGAGAAUUAAUUUUGUUGAAUAGGGCAGGAACCAACACAAUUAAGGAUAAAGAAGGAAAUUAAAAAGCCUAGUGAGUGAAAGAGGCUUAAGUCUGUAUAGGAGAACUUGAGCUUAUUAAUUUGCCAUGCAAAUUAAUAAAAAUUCUAUGUCCUUUCUCCUGCAUAUAUGAAUAUUCCAGCAGUUGGACUGAUAAAAAGUGUUUCCAUUAUGCAGUUCUGUGAUCACUGGUUUCUAGUUUCCUUUUUACUCCUCAUCUGCUUCCUAACUUUGAUCCAACAGUCCCUACCUCCUUAAUCUCCUUUUUCUACAAAAAAUCAAAGAAAAUACCAUUUCUCAGAAACUCCCAAUAGGGAAUUUUACAUAAUGUUGUGAAACCUACAAGUCAUGGGGCUGCGCUGUAGCAUAGCACGUAAAGCCACUACCUGCAGUGAGGGCAUCCCAUAUAGAUGCUGGCUCAAGACUUGGCUGUUCCAUUUCCAAGCCAGCUCUUUGCUAUGGCCUGGAAAACCUACUAGUCAUGGAUCUUCAUGGAAAGCUGAAGAAAACAGCGUUCAGUGGCUUCUGUGCCGGCGGAAGUACCAGACUCUGACCCAUUUCAUCCAGGCAGGGUAUGGAUGCAUGUUGUGUACUGAACAAUUGCAUAUCAAGAGGGGCUGUGCUCCCUCAAGUAUCACAACUGGGACACUGCUGUCCACUUGGCUGUUGACAAAGAAACACCCUUUUCUUCCUCACUUAUCCAUCCAGAAUGUCCUGUCCAUUUGUUUGAAAAUGAUGGAAAACUGAUGAACAGAAAUGCCACUCCCUGUUAAGACGCAUCUGAAGAGAAACUAAAGAGGCAGGGCACAUAGAACCUGUCACCAGCCACCAGGGAAAACCCCAGCAGCCCACAAUGGCUUUUUUGCCCAGACUGUCAAGUAAAUCUAAACAAACUCUAACUACAUCCUGGCCAUUUAUAAAACAGGUGUGCUGUUUCCUAUAAAUGUAAACCACAGCUUUUACACACGAAAGCCAGUCUUUCUUCAUGAAUCUUAUUUCUUGUGUGCAAGUUGCUAGGCCUUGGAUACCCUCUGAGGUCAUCAGUCAUCCCAAGACUGUGGACUGGUUGAUUUGCAACAGGAAAAAAGAUAAUAAUUUGCUGUCCUUUAUACAAUUAGAAAGAAUAUUAAAUCAUGGCAGCUGGAGACUAUAGUAUGUUCUCAUUAACCAUCUGCUUUUUAAAACGUAUUUUUAAAUUUCAUAGGCAAACCUACCAGGCUCUUGAUCAUGAUCCUCUUAGUACCAAGUGCCACAUGUUUGCUGGAAAAAUCUAAUGGAAAAUUUAGCAUCAUGUGCACUUGUUCCAGUCCCAGUUCCAGCUAACUUAACUCCCUGAAGCAUUUCAUUAUAUCAGCAUGAGUUUGUUUGGGGUCUAUUCUUGAGAUACUUAACACCUUCUCUCUGAUCUUAUUUCAUCAAAAUGUCUUUAAUAAGUAGGUCAAUCAUUUAUUAUGAUCCUUGCAAGGCAAGAAAUAUGGGGUAAGUCAUUCAUGCCUUCUGCUUCUGAAAAAUCAGUCUGCUUUUCCACCUGUUGACGCCUACUGAUUUUUGAGUUUACAACUAAAUAGAGCUUACUUUGAACUUAGUGCCUUAUCUAUGCUGGGAACAAGAAUGCUAACAGAUGAGGACUGAGGACCGAAGACUCAUGAUCUACAGAUAAACCAGUGGAAAAACAGCUUAUCCACUUAUUCAACAUUUACUAUGUGCUUAGCACUAUCCUAGACUCUGUAAGGAACAGAAAUUGCAUCUGUCCUGCAGAGCUUGCAGUCUGGUUGGCAAGGUGGACUUGGAAAACAUACACAGCCUGCUAAUUCCUGUACUGGAGGCAAGCAGUUCUAUGAAGCACUGAGGAGGCAGAAGUGGGAAAGAGACUGCAUAUCACGGAGGCUCUACAUUGGCUGGAUUUGUGAUCAGGGGCAAAUUAUACCCCUACUUCAAGCCUCAGCUUCUCGAACAGGCAAUUGGAAUAACAAUACAGUUCUUGCUCUUACAACUUAUUUUUAAAGUUUAGAUAAAGGCACAUAGUUAUGCUAAGACAGGAGCCAUAAGUUCUGGAGGAUUAUUCGGCAGGAUGGUGACUACAGUUAAUAGCAAUGUACCGUACACUUGAAGUUUGCAAAAAGGGUAGAUUUUUCAGUGUUCUUACUGCAAAAAAGGGUAAGUAUGUGAGGUGAAGGAUUUGUUAAUUAACUUGACUUCAUCAUUCCAUAAUGUAUAUACACAUAUCAACACCUUGUAUUGUAACUAAUGAAUACAUGCAAUAAAAAAAUAAAUCAGGAUGGAGCAACUGAGAUAUCUAGCACAGUGCCUGCCUCUCAAAGAACAUUGAUUGGAAUGAAUGAUUUAACCCAUCACAUGUCCAUAAAUAUGACUUGGAAAAAGAGCUCACCAUUAGGCCAACGCCAUGGCUCACUAGGCUAAUCCUCUGCCUGCGGCACUGGCACUUCAGGUUCUAGUCCCAGUUGGGGUGCCAGUUCUGUCCCAGUUGCUCCUCUUCCAGUCCAGCUCUCUGCUGUGCCCCAGGAAGGCAGUGGAGGAUGGCCCAAGUGCUUGGGCCCUGCACUUGCAUGGGAGACCAGGAGGAAGCACCUGGCUCCUGGCUUCGGAUCGGCGCAGUGCGCCGGCUGUAGCAGCCAUUUAGGGGGUGAACCAACGGAAGGAAGAUGUUUCUCUCUGUCUCUCUCUCACUAACUCUGCCUGUCGAAAAAAAAAUAAAAA